AAAGGUGCUUUCUAAACGGUGGUUCCCCUCGCAAAGUCAAGUUUCGGAAUUACAAAUUAAUGACUUUUUAAACAGCUUUUUGUAUUCGUUUACCUGAACAUUAAUUAUCUUUAAAAAAAUGCAACGUUCAAGACCUGCCAGACCACCACCUCCUAAUGUUGAAAGUACAAGUCAGUCAAUGGUAAGAAUUUACUGAAUGUAAAAGAAUGUUACGAAAGUCAAUGUGUUAUGUGAACAAUGGUCUUACAGCAGAUGAGGAAAACAAUGCAGACAUGGCAAUGCAACAUUAUAUGAAUGCACUGCAGUGCCUUGAGAAGGGGUUAGGAACGGAUCUUCCCCACAACGAAUCAUAUUCACGAGGUCAUGCAAUGCAAUCAAGGAUGAUGGAAGUUUUAGAACAUGUGCAAACAAGACUCUAUGAUAUACAAUCUUCCCAAGCAAGUUCUAACAAUGAGCCUUUGCCACCGUAUUCAGUGUCUCCACCUGAAGGUCACAGCAGUUCUCCAAUCUUGAAUGACAACGCUGUGCAGUUGUUAAACAUCCCAGGUGGUGUCCAGAUGUUCUGCAUUACAUCAGACAGUGAUGUAAGUUCGGCACCUCCAUCUUACCCAAGCUCACUACAAAUCAUGUUAUUUGAUGAUGAGAAACCCAAGUCUUCUAACAGACCCCCAGGGUUUGUUCAAGUUGGUGAUUGGAUCUACCCGCUCGUGCCUGGUCAAUCCCCUGUGUUACGUUGCACCAAUGGUGCGUACAUGUUCCCAAACCUGACAGUGGACCACAACUCACCCCACCCUAACACAGUGGGCCUUGUCAUCUCAUCAGAGCUCGAUCCAUCAUACAGGGAGAUGUUUGAAAACAUCUUGAUGAACUUUGCAGCCUUCCAGGUCCAGGGCCAACGCUUGGAAGGAGAACCAAUCAUUGACCUGAGUAUGUCAGUUCCUUACAUUCCUGAGGAAGAGAAGGAAGGGGAAAAGAAAAAAGAUGGAGAAGCGACAGUGAGCGAUAAAAUUGCACAUGGGAUUGAAAAAGGAGCAGGAUGGUUGAGCUGGGGUUUGUCUAAAGGAGCUGAAAUCACCACGUCACUGAUCACCAAAGGAGCAAAUAAACUACAAGCCAACCUUCAACCUAACACCACAGCUACUAAAGUUAACCCUAGCCUUGAAAAGGGGUUGUAUUAUACACAUCAAGCUUCAAAGGUAACAGUAAAAGUGAGUGCGGCUCUGGUCAAUGGUUUGUGCACGGUAACAAAGGAAAUAGGGAGGGCCAUCUCACCCCAUGUUGUGUCGUGCGCUAAGACCGUCCUUCCAUCAUCAGCUACUGACAAAGAUGAUAAAGGAGUUUCAACCAUGGAUGGUGUGGUGAAUGUGGCUGGGGCAGGGUUGGCAGGCUUUGCAACCGUAUGGACAAGUUUAGAGCAAGCAGGACUUGCUGUUGCUCGCUCUAUGUCAGGAGCAACAGUUGAAACUGUGCAACACAAAUAUGGAGCAGAAGCUGGUCAAGCCACAGGUCAUGCCAUGGGAGCAGCUGUGAACGUGGGACGGACUGCGUUUAACAUCGAUAAUCUUGGAGUGAAAGCAAUCGUAAAGCGAACGGCGAAAGACACAGGACGAGAAGUUUUAAAAGAUUUUGCGAAAGAGAAAAAUAAGAAUGGGAUUGAGGAUGAUGGAGCUACAACUAAGGUAGUGGAGAAGAAAUAAAGACCAAUAAUGGUUACCGACUGUUAUAACUUAGCUAUGGUGUUUUAAUACAUAUAGUAAAUAAAGAAUGUUUACAAAAUUAUGCAACCGUAAUAUUCUGAAACAGCCUUGUUAAUUGCUAAACUACUUUAGGGCAUUUUUAGUUUAUUGGGAAAGAAAUCAUGCCCCGUUAUUUCUCUUUUUUUGACACAUACAUAUGCUUUUUUUACACAAACCAUUUUGCUGCCAUUAUAAAAUAUCAAGUGUUAAGUUCAACCACUGAAGUCUUCACUAUGUUAAUAUUUUUUGUAUUUAGAUUAUGUUUAUUGUUUUAUAAAUAUAUUGGUACUUUAGAGAGAGCUAGAAAUAAUAAAGACAUUUCAAACUA